AUGAGAAAACUGAGGCUCAGAGAGGGAAAAGGACUUGCCGAAGACCCAAAUGAGACCCAAACUCACAUCUCCUGACUGCUUGAAAGACGAUGACAGCGGGGACCAUGACCAGAAUGAAGAGAACAACGCACAGAAAGACAGUGAGAAGGAAAGAAAUGAGCGUGACCGAAGUCAGAGCAGCAGCAAGAGGAAGGCUGUUGUCCCUGGGCCCGCAGAACACCCAUUGCAGUACAACUACACUUUCUGGUACUCCCGGAGGACACCCGGCCGGCCGACCAGCUCACAGAGCUAUGAACAGAAUAUUAAGCAGAUUGGCACAUUCGCCUCCGUGGAGCAGUUCUGGAGGUUUUAUAGCCACAUGGUACGUCCCGGCGACCUGACAGGCCAUAGUGACUUCCAUCUCUUCAAAGAGGGAAUCAAACCCAUGUGGGAGGAUGAUGCCAAUAAAAAUGGUGGUAAAUGGAUUAUUCGGCUCCGUAAGGGUUUAGCUUCCCGGUGCUGGGAGAAUCUGAUACUUGCCAUGUUGGGGGAACAGUUCAUGGUGGGCGAGGAGAUCUGUGGGGCAGUCGUCUCUGUCCGUUUCCAGGAGGACAUUAUUUCAAUAUGGAACAAGACUGCCAGCGACCAAGCAACCACAGCCCGUAUCCGGGACACGCUACGUCGAGUGCUUAACCUACCUCCCAACACCAUAAUGGAAUACAAAACACACACCGACAGCAUCAAAAUGCCAGGCAGGCUGGGCCCCCAAAGGCUCCUUUUUCAUAACCUCUGGAAGACGCGGUUGAAUGUGCCAUGACCCUGUCCCUUACUGGAUGGCACCGUCGUCGAAGCUGGCAUCAUCGGAGUCUCUUGUUCUGUUGGCGUGCCACCUGGAAGACGCUUCUGUCCCCGGACAACAGGAGUUGGAAGAGCAUCUUCUGUUUUCAGUACAGGCUGACCCAGCCACGGUGACAGCCGAGAUCACUCAAUAAAUGGUGCGAAACUA